GCUGGCUCUGUGACAGACUGGGUGAGAGGCGCAGCUCUGCACAGAAAACAAACUAAGUGCGGCUCGCUGGGUGCACGGCGCAUCUCUGUCCUGCGGAGUUCACAACAUCUGUAAUGGAUGUUUGGUUCAACAGGAAUUUACAAGAAACUUGAAUCCGGCAAAGUCCUUUUUCUGUCCUGCGUAAAGAAGACAUAGUGCAAGAGGAAGAAAAAAAAAGAGAAAGAAAGACAAUCCGACAAUCUGAGACAACGGGCGACGUGGAGAAGGGGAUUGCAGCAUGCAGCGGUGCGGAGAUGGUACCAAGCUGCGCUACAGGCUGACUCUGGUCACAGGGAUGCUGGAGUGCCUGUGCUUUGCUGGUCUGGUGUUUGGAUUUGCCUCUCUGGUGUUUGUGCUAAAGAAGGAUGGCUACUUCAGUGAUCUGUGUGUCAGCGUCCCAGGCUCCAACAGUACAGACUGCAGUAUACAGGAUGAGCAGUUUUCUCUGAUCUUCACUAUCGCAUCAUUCCUAAACAACUUCAUUAAUCUAAUCACUGGUUACCUGUUUGAUCGAUUCGGCACCAUGGUAACCAGGCUGCUGGGAAUAUCUUUGCACACAACUGGAACUCUACUUGUGGCCUUUUCGACUGCUGAAUUUUCCAACAUGCUUUUUCCGGCGCUGUCCUGCAUCGCUGUUGGAGGAGUUCUCUUCCUUCUAACUAACAUGCAGAUAGGGAACCUGUUCCCUGCUCAUCGCUCCACCAUCAUUACCCUCUACAAUGGUGCCUUUGACUCCUCUUCUGCUGUGUUUCUCCUCAUCAAGGUUAUGUAUGAACAGGAAGUUUCUCUCCGUGCCUCCUUCCUUGUUUUGUCCUUCUGCAGCAUCAUACAUUUGGUGAGAACCUUUGUGCUGAUGCCAAGAACCCACAUCCCCUACACGGUGCAAGAAGACUACACCUACGGAUUGGAUUGCGGAAAGGACAUCACCUACAAUGAAGAGCAGUCUGAGAGAGUGCGAGAGGGGGCCGUGACAUGUUCACAGGAGUCCAGCGAGAAAGACUACAUGCCCACAGUAACUGAAGAUGGGACAGAUGCUCAAGACUCAGGGAAAGAAGUGGCAAGUUUCCGGAGCUGUCUGCUGUCCUGGUUCUUCAUGUUACACCUGAUGUGGUUGUCUGUAAUGCAGCUGAGACAUUACCUCUUCAUUGGCACACUCAACCCCAGGCUCACCCGGCUGGCAGACAAUGACCCUGACCUGGUGAGUCAGUACACUAAUGCUUUUGCCAUGACCCAGCUGUGUGGGGUGCUGUGUGCUCCCUGGAAUGGACUCAUCCUGGACCGACACAAGGGGAAGCCUCUGGCUCCUGGAGAGACAGAGCAGGAGGCGGACCUGCGCUCCUCCAUUCUGUCUCUAUUCCUCACCUGCCUGAUGUGCCUGCUGUUCUCAGUGUGCGCCUCUAUUCCUUUCCUCCCUCUGCAGUACCUCACCUUUGUUCUGCAAGUCCUCAAUCGCUCCUUCCUUUAUGGGGGAACUGCAGCGUUCAUUAGCAUCGCUUUUCCAGCAGCUCACUUCGGAAAGCUGUAUGGCAUGGUGAUGUCCAUGUCUGCUAUUUUCUCCCUGCUGCAGUACCCCUGUUUCGCCCUUGUCAAAGGAGCUCUUGGCAGCGACCCCUUUUAUGUGGACAUUGCUCUGAUCCUUCUCACUCUGCUGGUGUUCAUCCAUCCCGCAUACAUCUUCUUCCACUGCAGGAGAGUCGCACGCAACAAAGAGGACCAACAUCUGACCAAGGAUGACAGAGGCACCAUAAUGGCAGAAGCUAAAUUAUAGAAAACAUACAUUACAUUGUCAAAUAAGUGUUUUUAAAAUGUGUUAUGAAACCUGACUUUUAGGUUUCAAAUGCUUUUUUAUAUAUAAUCUCACUGGUGUGUCUGCUUCUGUUAAGAAUUUUAAAGGUCACAUAUUAUACUCCUUAGCAACAAUUUUAAAUAAGUCUCAAAGGUCCUUGAAGUUUUCUUUGUUCUAAAUCCACUCUGAUCCUGUAUUUGAUCUAUAAACCCCUCGAUCUCAGGCUGUUUCUGUGUCCCUGGAAGGGCUUGAGUUUUCUUGCACCGUGCACACCUGUUACAGUGCUCAGAGGGCAGAACAAUCACCUAGCUGUGGGAGUGUCAUCCACUUUGGGGAGGGGUUACUGCCCUUUGUGAUGUCAUGAAGGGAAAAUCUCCAAACGGCCUGUUUGAGCACACAUUUUCUGAGAAGUGGAGCAGGAAAAAGACGGAGUGGAUGGACUUUUCUCAUAAUUGGAGGGUUAGUCUACAGACUAGAGACACAUAUUAGUGUUACAAAAACAUUAAGUGUAUUUUGUUCAAUAUGUGACUUUAGGACAAAAAAUGUAUCCUUUUUUUUACAUUUUUCAUACAUUUUGUAAUGUAUUUGCUCUUAUACAAUUUGUCAUUUUCAUGUGAAAACAGAUUGAUGUUUUAAAUGUUUUGUAUUAAACAG